UAAUUGAUUUCAUUUCCCCCAAUUAAACAAACCCUCGUCUUGCUCUGCUUAUCCUUCUUCUUCGUCCAGAGACAAAACACAAAUUAAUGGCGGCUGAAUAUUCCGGCAGCCGAAGUUCCAACACACAGCUUCUGGCUGAACUGGAAGCCCUAAGUGAAAAUCUUUACCAGAAACCUCAGGCACCAGUUGGUCGCAGAACUAAUUCUCUCGCUCUCCCACGCAGCUCCGUACCGUCCCUCGUGACCUCUGCUGAGGAUGUGACAGUACCAAAACCACGGUCUCGGCGUUUAUCUCUGUCUCCAUGGCGGUCGAGACCCAAGCUUGAUGUAGAGGAGGAAGAGAAUAUGACUCAGAACAUAACCAUCAAGACACCGGAAGAGUCUUCUUCAUUGGUGGGAUCCAAACCCAAGGAAGAGAGAAAAGGGAUAUGGAACUGGAAACCCAUCCGCGGGCUGGCCCGAAUCGGAAUGCAGAAGCUGAGCUGCUUGCUAUCGGUAGAGAUCGUGGCGGCACAGAACCUACCCGCGUCGAUGAACGGUCUACGACUCGGGGUUUGCGUGAGGAAGAAGGAAACCAAAGAUGGCGCUGUCCAGACGAUGCCGUGUCGCGUUUCUCAAGGAUCCGCGGAUUUCGAGGAGACUCUAUUCAUCAAGUGCCACGUGUACUACUCGCCGGCUAAUGGGAAAGGUGCUCCGGCGAAGUUUGAGGCUCGGCCGUUUUUGGUUUAUCUUUUCGCGGUGGAUGCUAAGGAGCUCGAGUUCGGAAGACACGUGGUGGACUUGAGCGAUUUAAUACAGGAGUCUGUUGAGAAGAUGAGUUGUGAAGGAGCUAGGGUUAGGCAAUGGGAUAUGAGUUGGGGGCUUUCAGGUAAAGCCAAAGGGGGUGAACUUGUUCUGAAACUAGGGUUUCAGAUCAUGGAGAAAGAUGGUGGAGCUGGAAUUUACAGUAAACAAGGUGAGUUAGGGAUAAAACCGAGCAGUAAACCGAAGAAUUUCUCCGGUUCCUUUGGGCGAAAGCAAUCGAAAACAUCGUUUAGUGUCCCGAGCCCGAAGAUGACUAGCAAGAGCCAGGCGUGGACGCCAGCAAGUGACGUGGAGUCUGCAUCUGAUCUUCAGAGAAUCGAGCAUCUGAAUCUGGAUGAGCCGGAGGAGAAACCAGCUCCGGCUCAUCCAGAUUCCAAAAAAGAAGAUGAUCAAGAACCUGAUUUUGAGGUUGUUGACAAAGGAGAAGAUCAAGAACCUGAAUUCGAAGUUGUGGACAAAGGAGUCGAGUUUGAUGACGACCUGGAAACUGAGAAAUCCGAUGGAACCAUAUCCGUAGUAGAGAUGAAGGAGCAACCUGUUAAUGUUGAUGAUCCACGGCACAUAGUAAGACUAUCGGAGUUAGAUUCUAUUGCAAAGCAGAUCAAAGCGCUUGAAUCUAUGAUGAAAGAUGAUACUAAUGGUGGGGAAGGGGAGGCAGAGUCACCAAGGCUCGAUGAAGAGGAGCAGACUGUGACAAAGGAGUUCCUUCAGUUACUUGAGGAUGAAGAAUCCGAGAAUCUCAAAUUCUACCAGCACAAAAUGGAGAUCUCCGAGCUGCGGUCUGGUGAAUCAGUAGACGAAGAGUCUGAGAAUUACCUCUCGGAUCUUGGGAAAGGCAUCGGCUGUGUUGUUCAGACAAGGGACGGGGGAUACUUGGUUUCUAUGAACCCUUUUGAUACGGUGGUCAGGAGGAAGGACACUCCUAAGCUCGUAAUGCAAAUCUCGAGACAGAUUGUGGUACUGCCUGAAGCUGGAUCGGCGACUGGAUUCGAACUGUUUCAUAGAAUGGCGGGUUCGGGUAAGGAACUUAACUCAAAGAUAUGUUCGCUUAUGGCGAUGGACGAGCUCAUGGGGAAAACAGGGGAACAAGUGGCUUUCGAAGGCAUAGCGUCAGCGAUCAUACAAGGGAGGAACAAAGAGCGAGCGAACACAAGCGCAGCGCGAACUGUUGCAGCUGUUAAAACGAUGGCUAACGCUAUGAACAGCGGAAGAAGAGAGAGGAUAAUGACAGGAAUCUGGAACGUGGAGGAGAAUCCAUUGGCUUCAGCAGAGGAGGUUUUAGCUGUUUCUUUACAGAAACUUGAAGAAAUGGUGAUUGAAGGACUAAAGAUUCAAGCUGACAUGGUGGAGGAUGAUGCUCCUUUUGAGGUUUCCGCUGCCAAAGGCCAGCCAAAUCCACUUGAGUCCACCAUCCCGCUUGACGAGUGGCUC